UUUAAUACCCCUCUCCUCUCCCUCUUUUAUUUCUCCACUCUCACUUCCCUAUUUAUAUAUUCUCUCUUCCUCUGGCUCUUCUCCCCUUCUCAUGGCUCCCUCUUCCGCCCCCGCCCUCUCUUUCUUCCUCAUCUCUCUCCUCCUCCUGCAUCUCUCUCCUGUUUCUUCCCGCCCCACCUUCCAGCCUUCCUCCUCCCAGUUCGUUUCCUCCGUCUCCCAAGUCCUCCGCGUCUUGAACCAGGUCGUCUCCAUCCUGUCCCGCUUCGCUGAUUUCUCCGGAGAUUCUCGCCUCUCCCAUGCAAUUUCCGACUGCCUCGACUUGCUCGACUUGUCUUCUGACGACCUUUCCUUCUCCGCCUCCGCUUCUCAAUCUCCCCGAGGCAAGCAUAACGGCACCGGGAACCUGAGCUCCGAUUUGCGGACAUGGUUGAGCGCCGCACUGGCCAAUCCAGAGACAUGCAUGGACGGUUUUGAAGGCACCAACAGCAUUGUGAGCGGUCUCAUAUCCAGUGGGCUGGGACAGGUGAGCUCGCUGCUGCAGGAUCUGCUGGCGCAGGUGCACCCUGUUUCGGACCGUUCCUGGAGCGGCAAGAACCGGUUUCCUUCGUGGAUUAAACCUGGGGACCGCAAGCUCCUGCAGACCAAUCAGUUGCCAGUGGACGUGGUGGUGGCCGCGGAUGGGACUGGAAAUUACACAAAGGUGAUGGAUGCAGUGCUUGCAGCUCCCGACUAUAGCAUGAAACGCUAUGUCAUAUACGUGAAGAGGGGUUUGUACACGGAGAACGUGGAGAUCAAGAAGAAGAAGUGGAACCUCAUGAUGAUUGGUGACGGUAUGGAUGCCACCAUUAUCUCCGGCAACCGUAGUUUCGUCGAUGGUUGGACCACCUUCCGCACUGCUACCUUUGCUGUCAGCGGGAGAGGGUUUAUAGCACGAGACAUAGCGUUCCAGAACACUGCAGGCCCCGAGAAGCACCAGGCAGUGGCACUGAGAUCCGACUCCGACCUCUCUGUGUACUACCGAUGCGGCAUCUAUGGAUACCAAGACAGCCUCUACACCCACACCAUGCGCCAGUUCUACAGAGAAUGCAAGAUCACCGGCACAGUGGACUUCAUAUUCGGCGACGCCACCGCCGUCUUCCAAAACUGCCAGCUGCUGGCAAAGAAGGGCCUGGCGAGCCAGAAGAACACGAUCACGGCUCAAGGUCGAAAAGACCCCAACGAGCCCUCAGGGUUCUCGUUCCAGUUCUGCAACGUGUCCGCAGAUUGGGACCUGCUACCCUCAGUGAACUCGACCCAGACGUACCUGGGGAGGCCGUGGAAGACCUACUCAAGAACGGUGUUCAUGCAAUCGUACAUGAGUGAAGCGCUGAGGCCGGAAGGGUGGCUGGAGUGGAACGGGGACUUCGCGCUGGACACGUUGUUCUACGCGGAGUUCCAGAAUUACGGGGCAGGAGCGGCACUGGAGAAGCGAGUCAAAUGGGGAGGGUACAGAGCGCUGAAUGAUUCGAGGCAGGCCAGCAACUUCACGGUGGCUCAGUUUAUUGAGGGCAAUCUUUGGUUACCUUCAACGGGCGUCACUUACACCGCCGGCUUAGGGGUUUAAUUUCAUUCCUCUUGUCUCAAGCCAUGCGAUUUACGAACUCUAUCUGGUUGUAGCCUACUACUCCUACUAUUAUUCUUCACUUUCCACCUGCAAAAUAUCUCUCAGUAACAUUCGCCA